AUGGGUGACUGUGGUGGAGAUUGCGGCGAAUGUGGUGAUUGCAAUUGCGGAGACUGCAAUUGUGGAGACUGCAAUUGUGGAGACUGCAAUUGUGGAGACUGCAAUUGUGGAGACUGCAAUUGUGGAGACUGCAAUUGUGGAGACUGCAAUUGUGGAGACUGCAAUUGUGGAGAUUGCAAUUGCGGAGAAUGUUUGAAAUCUAUUGAUUGUUGUGGAUUACAGUGUGCCCCAUGUGACUUGAAUAUUGGGUCGUGUGAUUGUCUUAAAUCAUGUGAUUGUUGCAAGUCAUGCGAUUGUUGUGGGCUAGAGUGCGACUGUAGUUGUUUCAAGUCUUGCGACAUACUUGGUCUAUGUGGCUGCAAAGGCGACGAUGGAACAUGCAACUGCUGCGCUGGUCCUCCUGAUGAAGAUCGUCACGAAAGUUUUUUCUGUUUCUGCUGCGAGGUAAUAUUUCUAAAAAUGUUAGCUUUGCGGGAAUGUUAACACAUGCUGGAAAUACAGGAGAGAAAUAUAAACCGGUAGAAAUAUAAACCGCGAUAGAAAUGUACAUGUUAUGGAUCACAGCAUGCAUUAUGUGAGUCCAUCUGCCGUUGAACUCUCCGACCAGGAUUCCGAUGAAAUCUAUACGAGUCGCGUUUUUUAUUUUGUUUAUUGAAAAAUACCUAUCCUGGCGAAUAGCGCUAUCCGGUCUUCGUAUACCUGCCCUGGUGCAUGUUAAUGUCGUUUUAUUGUUUUAAUUUUUAAAUAACAUAUAUUAAUUUAGGAAUAGAAACAUUUUAUCCAACGAGUUUUAACAAUACAUUUUGAACUAGCCAACGUGAACAGAUUAUAAAUUGCUGCAGUAAACUAUCGAUACUUUUUUGGAUAGGUAAUUCCACAGCAAGGAGUGCAAUAGACUUUAGAAUUGCCUACGUCACGUACAGGGGGCUUCUUUCAACACAGGGGGCUUCUGGAAUGCACAAUGCAUUGUGGGAUACUUGUUAUGUGUUCAAGCGUGGAAAUCUCACACUCCCUGUGUCAUAACUCUUUGAUAAAACACAAUAAAUCUAACAAAGUGAAGGUCUUGAAAGACAAUUUUUAAGUGGUAAAAUAUACACAAAGAGGAUUAUAAGAUCCUGUGAACAUUAAAAUGCUAAAAUCCUGUGAACAUUAAAGCACUUCGUCAGAAGGUAUAUGCAGCAAACGCCGCCACUCAAUAGACGCGAACAUAAGUAUGAUAUAAACAUGUAUGAAGGGAUAAUACGCCUUACGCCUUGGGGAAUAUAUUAAACAAACUAUUAGCCGUGAACCCUUCCUCAAGGAGCAAUAACCAUUAACCUCGGCAGUUCAAAAUUGACGACAACGAAAUUUUAGUCCGGAAUUAAAAUGAAUUGUAUAUUUUCGUUUUAUCUGUCUUCAUUGUGUCGUGUGAUUUGUUGCGACACUAAUUUUGCACUGGCUGUUUCUCUCCCGGUGCAAAUCCAACUCUGUAUCAGGCAUUAGGCGGUUACCACCGGUAGAACUGAACAAGAAUGCAGUGUUUGACCGGAUUUUUCCUCAGUGACAUUAUGCACGCAUUUGUUUACCCAGAUGACUAAUUAAGUGACGUUUUGUACCAUAUUUAAUUUUGCAUAUCAUUACGAGUGUUAAGAAUAGUGAAUUGUAGACUCGUUUGAAUUUACAAAGCAAGCCGCCAUUUUGAUUUCUCAAAUAAUUGCACUCCUGUUAACCAAUCACAUUGCAGUAAUUUUGAAAGCCGCCAUUUGUCAUAUAUGCAUGUCUCUCGUAUUGUUAGGUAUUCGACGUUUGCUGCUUUGCAACGAGUACAGCACCAACUCCUCGUACGAGCAUGCCUCCAGAACAUCAAGUCAUGUAUCGAGGGGAAAUUGGGAUGGUAAAGAAACAAUGUCCAGAAAAUGACACGACGAUGGACCUAGAUAUUAUAAAUGUAGACCCUGAUCCUCCACCACAACCAACCGAGAUGACAUCGCAAGUUUAA